AUGUAUCUCUCGGAUUCGGGCUCAGUGGGCCAAGCAAUCGAGGAGGAUUUCACGCAAAGGGCACAGACUCUGUCGGCUGAGGAGCGACCGUGGCUAGUAGCAUCCUACAAGGCUGGCGAUGUGGUCUUCCACGAUCCUUAUAUCGUGCAUGCCAGCUCGAAGAAUGAGGACUCUCGGCGCAUCCAAGUCAGUACGGAUCUCCGGUUUUAUGAGGGAAGUAGUGCCGAUGACCGGUGGAUGAAACUGUGGACCCCGGGCGAUAGGUUGUAG